AUGGUGGCAGAAGACUGGCAUAGAUACGAAAUGUCGCCUUAUGACAAGCACUCUUCACAACAAGCUACAGACAUCGAAAAUGUGAUCCAAGAACAAAUAGCUCUGGCCAGGAGUGAUACAAAACAGCUUUAUGGACUGAUUGACCGUGUCAAAACCAAGGUCAGGGACGCAGAUCUGGUACAAAUGUCCAAGGGGACACGAUCGCUUCAAAACGGAGGUGUGAAUCUAGCUACUCAUCUGACGCUCAAUGGACAUAACAACAAAAUAUCGGACUUUGCGUGGUCUUUGGAUUCACGCAGCAUCCUCAGUGCAAGUCAGGAUGGCUUCAUGAUAAUAUGGGAUGCCUAUUCUGGGUUUAAGAAAAAUGCGAUACCGUUGGAUUCACAAUGGGUUCUCACCUGUGCGAUGAGUCCAACAGGAAACCUUGUUGCGAGUGCUGGAUUGACCAACAACUGUACAAUAUACCGAGUAUCGCAGGAAAAUCGGACUCAGCAACAAAUUGUAUCGAUCUUCAAGGGACACACCUGUUACGUUUCUCAGGUGGAGUUCUUGAAUAGUAAUAGUGUCAUAACGGCAAGUGGUGAUAUGACUUGUGCAUUGUGGGAUAUCCCCAAGGCUAAGAGAAUUACAGAAUUUUCGAACCAUCUUGGAGAUGUAUUGGCGUUGGCCCUUCCGCCGGGACCUUCGAGUCGCGAAAACAGCGUCUUCGCCAGCGGAGGGUCCGACGGUUAUGCUUACAUUUGGGAUACCAGAACGCGAAGUUCUGUGCAGAGCUUUUUCGUGAGCGAAAGCGACGUUAGCACCAUGAAAUUCUUUAACAACGGAGAAGCAAUUGUCACAGGCGCUGACGAUGGUGUUGCUCGCAUGUUCGACUUGCGAAGCGAUUGUUUAGUGGCAAAAUAUUCGUUGACUCACGGUCUGCACCAACAGACCUACUCUCCAACGCAGCAAAACGGCCCAGCGCAUAUGGACUACGCAAUUUCACCCACCACCAAUGCCUCUUUUAACCGUGCUGCCCAGAGUUCCAAUUCCACAUAUCUCAAUAACCAAGGUCUCGUUUCGUUGGAUUUCAGCGGAUCCGGCCGAUUGAUGCAUGCCUGUUACACGGAUUACGGGUGCGUCGUAUGGGACACUCUUAAAGCAGAAAUAGUUGGGAAACUUGAGGGCCAUUCAAGCCGGAUAUCAGGUGUGAAAACCAGUCCUGACGGAUUGGCCGUGUGUACUGGAUCCUGGGAUGCAACCUUGAAACUUUGGUCGCCUGAGUUCAUGUAA